GAGUAUCUAUUUAAAACAAUUUAUGUACUGUCCUUACUAUGUACGAGUAUCUAUUUAAAACAUUUUAUAUUCCUUACCCUGUUCGGAUAUCUAUGUAAAACAUUUUAUGUAGUGUCCUUACUAUGUUCGAGUAUCUAUUUAAAACAUUUUAUAUUCUAACCUUUGUAUCUUCCAGGUCGCUAAUUGAAACAUUUUAUUACCGUACUUACUAUGAUAGGUUUCGUGCUUUUCAAGAGGCCUUACAGUGACGUGACUUAUUUCAUUUUAUAGCUAAACUUGUUGACUAGCGCCAGCUCUGAAGCACAAACAUUUAAUUUACGAGCAACAAAACAAGUUACGACACACGUGGUGAACAAAGAUCACUCGGAUAACUGUUUCGUCGUCAUACACGUAAGGGAACCUGUAGUGUUUCGGAAGAGAACACUAAUUUGAAAAUGAAAAGUAUUUUGAUCAAAUGCUUAAACUAUUAUACAAUGAAUGAACAUGCAUUGAAAUUAUGGCAUCCUAGCUUUGUGAUAGUAGUGUUUAUAUAUAACACCACUUUCUAUAUGCUCUAUACGUACCUUUACAAAGUAAUUCGUGUCAGAUUUGAGCAAUUCAAACUAAUAGUUAAAUCAUGAAAGGCUGUGUAACGUACAGGAUGGCGACAAUGAUGCCCAAUGCUUACCGCUGUAUUUGUUUGGCCUCGUUUAUCACCUUACUUUGUGUCUGUUAGCUUAGAUAUCUCCGAAAGAGUCGUAUGAUGGCUUAGGUGUGUGUGUAUAUGUGUUCGUGACUCUAGUCUAAAGAUAACCACGUAAUUUAAUCGAUAAGUGCUUCUUUAAUAUAACUGAUCUAGCGAAGCCCCCCGAUGGCAACAGAGAUUAUAGAGCUAAAAUUCGGGGUUUCAUCCUCGCGGUGUACUGGAUAUAUCACAGAUAGUCCACUGAAAAACAGCUCGUUAUCAGCAUCCACCGCCGGUGGGUGUUGAUCGUUAUUUUUAUAAAGCACUCACAGUUCUAAUGUGUGGCAACGGGACGCGAUCCAAGGACCCUCGAAUUCAAAGUCCAGCAUGUUAACCACUAAUCUACGCCUGGCCCUACAACAAUCAAACAAAGAGAUCUCGUGAAGACAACCAUUUACAACUAAUUUUUGCCUAAAAUGUACGAUAGCACACGGUAUGAUGACGUCACUACCCUGCUAGACUCCGUGAUGCGGGGCUAUGGAAACAGUAAACUGAGUUUGCCAUGCUUCUUCCUGAUUGGGCAUUGCUCUUCUCCAUUACUUCUCAUCACCACUUCUUAGUGGAUUUCGUAUUUUCUAAGAAUACAAGCCUUUUAACGUUUAGUAAGGCAGAUCGAACGCGAGAAUUCAAAGUUGGAGAGUAAACCAUAGAAUACCGUAAUCUGUCGUGGUUCUGGGGUGUUUAGUAAUUCAAAUACGUCAGUGGUGAGGUAAAGCGCAACUAGCAAGGAAGCAGAUUGAGCUUGAUGGUGUGAGGUGAAGCCGACCGUCGAGUCACUGCCGCCGCUAUGGGUUGUGCUAUGAGUACGGAGGAUAAGGCUGCUCUAAACAGAAGCAAACAGAUUGAGAAGAACCUGAAAGAAGAUGGCUUACAAGCGGCGAAGGACAUUAAGUUGUUACUCCUAGGUGCUGGUGAAUCCGGAAAAAGCACGAUCGUCAAACAGAUGAAAAUCAUCCAUGACAGCGGUUUUACCCAGGAAGACUUUCGCCAGUACAAGCCUGUUGUGUACAGUAACACUGCACAGUCCCUAGUAGCCAUUCUUCGAGCCAUGCCCAAUUUAGGAAUUAGCUUCGGUAACAACGAGAGAGAGGUCGACGCUAAACUAGUUCUCGAAGUUGUUUCGCGUAUGGAAGACACAGAACCCUUCUCUGAGGAACUACUUGGCGCCAUGAAACGACUGUGGAUGGAUACAGGAGUCCAAGAGUGCUUCGGUCGAUCCAAUGAAUAUCAGCUCAAUGAUAGUGCCAAAUAUUUCUUGGACGACCUAGAACGGUUGGGAAAGAAAGAUUACAUGCCUACUGAACAAGACAUUUUGAGAACUAGAGUCAAAACUACGGGCAUCGUCGAGGUUCAUUUUUCGUUUAAAAACCUAAACUUUAAGCUUUUUGACGUUGGAGGACAAAGAUCGGAGCGAAAGAAAUGGAUCCACUGCUUUGAAGAUGUGACUGCUAUUAUAUUUUGUGUAGCUAUGAGUGAAUAUGAUCAAGUCUUACACGAAGAUGAAACGACUAACCGAAUGCAAGAGAGCCUGAAGCUGUUCGACUCUAUCUGCAACAACAAAUGGUUCACGGACACUGCUAUUAUUCUUUUUUUAAACAAGAAAGAUCUCUUUGAGGAAAAGAUCAAGAAGUCACCCCUAACAAUCUGCUUUCCUGAGUACACAGGUGCCCAAGAGUAUGGUGAAGCAGCAGCUUACAUCCAAGCUCAGUUUGAGGCCAAAAACAAAUCAACUAAUAAGGAAAUUUACUGUCACAUGACCUGCGCUACUGACACAACCAACAUCCAGUUCGUGUUUGAUGCAGUUACAGACGUCAUUAUCGCCAACAAUCUGAGAGGUUGUGGGUUAUACUAAACUCUGAAGAGUGGGAAGAUAAGGAAGGAGAAAAAUUAAAAAAAGGAAGAGAAACAGACAGCCAGCAGCUGACAGUAUAAUGUCCGCUGAAAGCUAUCUGUUUUUGAUUCACAGUGAUGCGCUUCUGUUCUGUUUCCUUUCAAAAACCCACAAUUUUAUACUGUUUGCUGUCUUAUUACCUUGCAAUUUAAAAGAAACGGCCCCUUUUUCUAUGGUGUUUCUCUUGAUUUAGUGUCGUAAUUAUUUUCAUUGUAGCAUUGUCAGUAAUUGAACCACCUAAUUAUAUGAGAUUUGUCCAAUUUGAAAUAGCUAAUUUAAAAGGCAGAGAAUCAGUCGGAGAAAACAAGAUGCAUUGUGAAAGAUUCUGGUCAACCUGACCGACAAUUUUUGAAAGAGUUAGUUUAUGAAGCCAGAAACAAAAAGGUUCCACUUCAGACUUAUAGCCCCAAGUUUGAAGUGAUCUUUUUUUGUUAGUCUUGUAAACCAGAGCAUGUGCUAUUCACUUGAUGAAACUGUUACGCACCAAAAUGUUGAAGGUCUUCUGAGAUUCGUCGGUAAAGGAGCACCAGAACUGAUUUCAGCUCUUCUACUCUUGGGGAACGGUUAAAAUCAGAAAGUUAUUUUGUGGUGAAAGUGAAGAUAAUUUAUAGCUACCUUGACCUUUUAUAAUCGUUUUGGACAAUUACCCACAAAUAUACUUAUCAAUACUAUAUUUCUUAAUUGACUGUGGACAAGUGUUUUCGGAACACAGUAUUAUUCCCCUUAGCAUUGUGAAAACUUAACAUUAGUCAAACCUAUUUCAAGAGUGGAGUAAUGUGCCAUUAUUCUUCAACAUGGGAGCGGUAUGUGUAAAACUUCUCUGUUGUCAACGUCCAUCUCUUUGUCAGCGCAUCAUAAACAUCUGUUAAUUAAGCUUUUCUAACCUUGAGCUAAUUUUGAAUAGUUCAGGAAUCAAAUGGCUUAAGUCCACCCAAUGACGAGAACAUCGGUUUAGUUUUCUGACAUCAUGAAAUUUUGAAUAGAUGAGUGUCAAUUGAGCACUUGGUUUAAAUAAGUGCAAACCGAGCAAACGGAAUUCCCAAAGUCAUUAUGUACCUAAUUUAUGGAAGCUAGGUAUUACCAUUGACAAAUAAAUAUGUCAGCCUUACUGAGGCAUGUGAUGUAUUGUUAUUUAACUUAUAUUCUCUCAAUUAGCCUUAGCUGUUUUUCAGUUUGGUGCAGUUAACAACCAACAAGUUACGUAAUUAUAAAAGCGAGUGGUGUUCAACCCUAACGUAAAGUGAAUUUUUCACAAUGAUAUAUUGCUCUGAAAACAUUCUCUGUUACGUUGUUAUGAAAGCGAAUAGUACUUAACCCUGAAGUACAAUGAACUUUCAACAAUGAUAUAUUGUUCUGAAAACAUUGUGUUACGUUUUUAUAAAAGCUAAUAGUAUUUAUCCCUGACGUACAAUGAACUUUCAACAAUGAUAUAAUGUUCUGAAAACAUUGUGUUACGUUGUUAUGAAAGUGAAUAGUAUUUAUCCCUGACCUACAAUGAACUUUCAUCAAUGACAUAUUGUUCCGAAGACAUUGUUUUACGUUGUUAUGAAAACAAGAAGUAUUUAAACCUGAUGUACAAUAGACUUUCAACAAUAGUAUAGUACUCUAAAAAACAUUAUGUUUUUGGGGAGCUCCAAACAUUCCCUAAAAUUAGAAAAAUCUUGCACAACAAAGAAGAAGAAAAGCCAAAGUGAAACACAAGUUUCAAAUCUUAAGAAAUAUAACCAGUUAAUAUAAGUGUUUAUUUUAAGCCUCUUAUUAAUGAAACAACACGAAAGGAGAAAUAUAGUAACUUUUUGUUUCCCUUGUAAUUGUGAACCACUUUUAGUGUUUUCCAUUUAGGGCUUAUAAUUUAAAACUUACUUCUCCACGAGGAUCGCUAGAGAAUGGCUAGUUAACAUAAAAUCAUAAUAUAUACUUUUGAUGUUGAAACAGUAACAUUUGUGCGUGUACUGCAGAGGUCAAAGCUCGGGACCCAUUAUAUUAGACUGCUAGCUUUAUCUAUGUUGUGGAAUAAAAACUUACAAACCUAAUAGGUCUGUGGCUAAAUUACCUAAUAUUUGGUAAAGCUACUAGUAUAUAUAUGUUUUUUUCGAUUGUCAGUAUAUACAGGCUUUCGAUGCCCUUGGUGGGCACAACACAAAUAGCCCAUUGUGUACCUUUGUUUCUAACAAUAUACAAAUAAACGAAACAACCCGAUGGUUAUACCUAAGCCAUAGGGACACUUAGAUGGCCGUUUAGCCAAUGAUUCGCAUAAAGUACAGUUCGAAUUGAAAACAUUAAAUGUUACAAAACAAAAAGCUUGUGAAAACUGUAAUUAAAAAAUUAAGGUUGACAAAACAAUCGACUUUUAGAAAAAAAAAAGAAGGUAAAUUGGCUGUAUGAGAUAGUAAAGGAAAAUGAUCAGAAUCAACAGAGAAUUAAAAGAAUCAUAUCACUGAAUUCAGAAAGCGCGUUAGCCAGAAUUAAGAUAUGCCAUUUUAGAGUGAAAUGUCAUAGUGAAUGGCUAAAAGUGGUUGUAAAAUAGAGAAAAACAAUGCAAAAGCUCCAAGUGAUAUUGAAGUGUGGUCUCCAAAGAGAUCAUUCUUGUAAAGGCUCUUGAACAUUUGGACCUUUUUUAUAAAUUCUUGUUAAAAUCUAUAAAAUCAUAAUAUUACUUUUCUUCCAGACGGUUGCCUGUGUUAACAAUGACGGAUUUAAAAGUAGGCAAACCAUUCUAACCACAGGAUGUAAAACCAUAUUUUAUAAAGAAUUAAAAACUGGAUUAAGGAAACACA